CAAUAUAGAUGAGCAGCAAAAGCUCCUCAACAAGCUCUUUGGUGGAGUAAUGUACAACAGAUUCCCGCUGAAAGACAUGUAUUUCGCUGUACGCCCAGAUGGAGCACCGAAUACCAGUACGCUGUACCGCUUCAACUUGACGAACGGACUGCUACUCAACAUUGGCCACUUUCUCAAGCCAAAAUACAAAAAAGAGACAUGCCACGCCGAAUGGAAAGGAGAUGUCUUGACUGCAAGGUGCCGUUUUGAUAUCAAGCACGCCUCCAUUUCAUAUGAUGUCAUGAUGUCCGUCGGACGCCCUGUGGUGCAGGAGUUCAAGCUCGUAGCGUUGAUCAGCGAGUUCAUAUUCGGCAGACAUCACAACCCUUGCGUGCUGACCAUGUUCAUUUACCACCGCAAGGGAUGUACCGGCAACAUGUGCGAUAUACGACAGUGCCACAUUACGGAAUUCAUGUUGGCUGCGAUCACGUUUCCCACAUUCCGGAUGUUCGACUACCCUCCGUUUAAAGCCAAUGCGAGUCUAGCAGAUGCAGUGUUUGAGAACUUCGAAGUGAAAUUGUACACUGAGGUUAGACUUAAUGUGAUGCGAACCAUUACCUCUAAAUGUCGCGAAGAACUGCCUAAAAGAAACAUAAACUAACGCGUGUUUUGAAUUUAUUCUUGAAGUAUAAAUAACGUUUCAGUUUAAAAAUGAUCAAAACUGCACGUUUCAGGAGGAGGGCAAAAUGCAAUCUUUGACAAAGUCAAUACUGUCAUCAACAUGUGUAACGUUUGAGAGUCAACACCAGCGUGACUGCACGACAAAGAGAAGAUACGCUUCCGAGGCCUUUAUCCGGAGCACUUUUCACCAACACAAAUUCUUCAUCACCCUUAGGCGACACCUGCAGAGAAGUUAUUUACCACCUCAUAUUGAGCAUCAACGACUUGGUAACACUGUUUUUCUAUACUGUAAAAUGUGUACACAUCUGAAUAAGCUGUUUAAUACAUGUGUUGCUCCAAAGAAAAUGUAUACCCGUAAUCGAUAGCGCAACCUCCAUUUUCUUAUCGGUGGUAUGUCGUCAAUUUAACCCACAAUGCGCUUGCACUUUAAUUGAUUGACCCUUCGCUGGCAUUCCUCUAUACAAAUACGUGUAUGCUAUUCCCCGACAGAAUUAUUUGCAGUCUAUAUGAAAGGUAACUAUAUCAUUGAUAUGAUUACCUGCUGCACCUUGAAAGCAGUAUUGUUAAUCUGACGAAGAAAAUAAGGGUCACUGAAAGAGGUAGGGCGUAGUUACUCCGGGAACUGUUGGUUGGGAUUCUCGUUUCCGCGAUGAAAACAGAGACUACAAUCACCUCUUUCAAUGCCGAUGGUAUGUUUCCUGUCAGCCAGAUAAUGUUGUAGGCAGACAACAGCGUCAUCUGGGUGUCAGGGAGAGGGUGAUUUCACCAUUAUGUAUAUGAUUCCAUCAGUUCAAGGUGCACAUCUCUCACAGCCAACCAAACAAGCUCUGAACUCGGCAGCCCUAAAAGGAAGGUUGUACGCUUCAUUGCCUCUACAUUUGCUGUUCGAUGCUUUUUUUCUGCUCUCUGUUUUUGAUUCUGUAAUGACUGUGGAUAGUUCGCAGAGCUAGACACACGCUGGAAAUGUGGUCCGAGAGUGCUGGUCAGGUCUUGUAUGCUGUUGCCUUGAUCAUCGACGAAAGGCAAGAGGUCAACAGUACUUCUUGUUUCUGUUCGUAUACGCUUUAGCCCUAACAAUGCGGUUUGAAAUCCAAGGCCUACUGACUAAUUUUUGGGGCCUCUUCCAUACUUUCGCUUCUUUCUCUAGAAAUUUAUGCUGAUGAUGUAUUUUUCCGAGCUUCCUGGUUAGAAAUACGUCGCGUUCAUCUGCCUUGCGAUUUGACGUGCUUGAAGUUAAUGAUGCGACAACUGGAAUCUUCGGAUGCAACUUUCCAUCGAGGUGGAUGCGGGAGGAAUUCAUGUUCCGCUAAUGUUCUGAGGCUGAUGGAAAUGUAAUCACUCCCACAAGGGUUUGUAACUACGUCCAUUUGUAGGCAUAGCAAAAGUGUGGCAGAUCAGGUAACUAAAUCUAUCGCAGAGUAAGUGUCAUGUUCUGUAAACAUGUUGUUGAAGUUCUUUGAGAGUUGGGGAUGAAAAACCUAUUGUCAUCUAGGUAUUACUAAUAUAAUCAGCCUAGUAUUAUUGAUAAUAGUAUUGAUUUUAUAGUAAUAUUUUCAACUAAAAUGGUAAUAAAAUUGAUCACUCAAUAUGAUAGGAAAUGUGUUCC